AUUUUUGUAUAUGUCAAUGUCUGAUGUCAAGUCGAAAGCCUAAAGGAGGCGUUAACGAUAUUGUAAUUCUAAAAUAAAUUUAAUAAGUUUAAUUGAAGUAAAAUGAUUCGCUUCAUUUUGAUCCAAAACCGAGCGGGUAAGACAAGAUUGGCUAAAUGGUACAUGAAUUUUGAUGAUGACGAAAAACAAAAGCUCAUAGAAGAAGUGCAUGCUGUUGUUACGGUCAGAGAUGCGAAACAUACAAAUUUCGUCGAGUUCCGCAAUUUUAAAAUAGUGUACAGACGCUACGCCGGCUUAUAUUUUUGCAUAUGCGUCGAUGUGAAUGAUAAUAACCUGUGUUAUUUAGAAGCCAUUCACAAUUUUGUUGAAGUCCUCAAUGAGUACUUUCAUAAUGUAUGCGAAUUGGACCUGGUGUUCAACUUCUAUAAGGUAUACACAGUAGUGGAUGAAAUGUUCCUGGCUGGUGAGAUACGAGAGACAUCACAGACCAAGGUCCUGAAGCAGUUGUUGAUGCUGAAUUCUUUAGAAUAAGUUGAGCUAUUUGCGUGUUGUUUAUAAAAUGUUGCAGUCUCUUAUGAAUAUCAUAGGUGAUAGGCGUAAUUAGUCGUUUGUCCCUACUGUUUGUUAUUUGAUGCCUAAAUUUGUGUAUGCAAUGUAGGUGAAUACUCAUUCCAUAUAGAUUGAAUAAUUAUGCGUUUUUUGAGAAAUGUGUAAAUAUAUUUCUGUAUAACUCCAUUUAUAUGGAAAAAACAGUUGAGGUGUCGCUUUUUUUUUUGUACGAAGGAUGUCUUUGUUUAUAGCAAGUAAUUUCCUAUUAAUGUAUCAAGAAACAAAUCUCAUUAGUAUUGUUUGUAUAUAAAUAAAUUAUAAAAAGACAUAUAUCAUGUAAAUCUUUUAUUUAUAAAGUGUAUAAAUUAUACCUUGUAAUCUAAAUAGAUUAUUGAAUACA